UUUUUGGUGCUAAUUAAAUAAAAGGCGCGAAAAAUAUGACAGAAAUAACCGCGUUUUUGUGUUGUCUAUGGUUUGUGAUCGCGUUCACGGAGGUCGCUUGUUGGACGGUCGAUUUGGAUGAAGUGAGACAAUUUCUGGACAAACAGAAGGAACAAGAAGAUUAUCAGCAGUUGCAUUAUCAUAAUUAUUACGACGAGUCUGAGGAAUACGACAGCUUUGCGGAUGUGACGGCGCACCGCGGACAAAAUUACGCUCAGCAGUAUGGUUACGAAGGCUACAUGGAGAAGAAGUUUGAAAACCUAAAUGCGUCUCUGUUACCCGACGUGAGGUGGAACGAGACAGCUGACGUGUGGAAUUGGAACUGGGCUCAGGGGGAGAGAAAGGUGCAGUGGUCACAGAUAUUGAACAUCACCAACACGAUGACCAACAUCACACAGAACACUACGGAAAGUCCUACGCAGGGCGCUACGGAGAGUGCUACGCAGCGUAAUUCCUCAGGGACAACAUUGACAGGGACGGAGUCUCAAAGGGCGAAGUGCCACAAGAUGACACGAGAGCGGGAACAUGUCAGACGCCUGGCUGAUUUGGCGCUGUUCACUGCUAGACAGUUGCAGAACUGGGCUACCAAUGAGAAACAAUAUGACAAGAGUUCGGCACACGCUAAGGAGGAACGUGAUCUGAUCACGCGACUGGCGUACUUCCUGGACAAGCUGGCCGAGCUGACCGGAUACACACCAGAGAUAAAGGUCUUCAGCAAGCAAACUGACAAAACAACAACAACAACAACAACAACGACAGUGAAUCCUAUGUCAGUGCCGAUAUCGGAGGAGCUGCGACAGGUGCUGCUGACCUGCCUGCGCCAGCACAACGCGUCCUCAGCAGACUCCGCGCCCGCCACCGAGCGCUGUCGGGCGCCGCAGAUGCUGCCGCCGCUGCUCAUGAGGAUGCUCAACAUUACUGAAGAUAACAUAACAACGGUAUCGUCAACUACAGCGACCUCGGCGCCCCGCAGCAGCGCCCUCACCACCACGCCACCCCCACCGCUGCAAAUAGACCCUGAGGUCCGUCAGGCCAGGGUCCUCAACAACUAUCUCAUAUCCAACGUGUGGGCCACACAACCUACCAGAACUAAAAGGAAACGCUCCCUCAACGAGCCUCUUAUGAAAAUGGUCGAAUACUACACAAAACACAAAGUCUGGACCGGCGCUAACAAACUAGAAAUAGACAAACUUAUUCACGAAGAUCUUAAUGUUGAAAAUCAUUUUAUAAAACCUAAAUCACUAGAAGAUAGAUCAGAUUUCUUCAAAAGGAAGUUAGUUUUCAGCUUAUUACAUCCUAACAAGAAUAAUAGAGGUUUGAGACGACCUAAAAUCCCAAAUUUUAAAAACGGAUAUAAAUUAAAUAAAUAUCUGGAGAAACUACUUAAAAGCGAUGUGACAUCUAGUGACAUUGUUAGAAAAGUCAAUAUAUUGCCUCGUAAGUUGAAAUCUCUACAAAAACGAUCAAUAAUCAUCGAAGAAUCCGAAGACCCUAUGAGAGAUAUAAGUUUCUACGUCAAGAAUAAGCCGGGGACCAACGUGAGACCCUCCCUAGCUGAUGCUGUGAGGGUCAGAGCCAGUCUGCAGAGGAUCUUCAACACGGGGAACAUCGAGGUGGUGCGACGUUACGGCGCCAAUUACAACCCACUCAUACCAUCGCCAUUUUUCUUCGGUGUUAUAAAAACUAUAUCUGAUGUUUAAAAAGUAACAUCCUGUAUCGUUUAAUAAUAAAAAGGUUUCGGUAAAAUUAAACACAUUUUUAAUUAUGCAAAAAAAUAUAUUCAUCAUAAUAUAGCGAUAACCAACUUAUAACAUAACCUAAAAAUAACUACGGAAUUAUUUCCCGCCAAAUUAAAUUGAAACGUCAGUUUAUUUCCGAACCGAAAGCGACAGAUUAAAUAUUAAAAAAAAACAACGAUCUUAUAAACUUAUGCAAAAUCAACGAUUGUAUAUUAAACUGUAAAGGGAAGGCUUCCGUUGUACUUAACGUGGUAUUUCAAUGAAAAUCCACAUUUAUAGAAUGGAGCGAGACAAAGACUAAGACACUUUCGGUUCCAACUUUAUAACCAGAUAAUAAAAAAAACAGCAGGAAUUAUAUAUUUAAGCAUUUUCAGAAGAAAUAAGUAAACAAUCAUCUUAAAACUAUAUGAAUAAUAUCAGAAAAAAAAAUCAAUAAAAAUGGCCAAAUUAUAUUUCUACUAAAAUUAAAACAUCAAUGACACAUCUUAAUGUUGCCAGUUUAAGAAAAAAUUGCAUGAUUUUAAGAAAAAAAUUAA